AUGUCCAACCGCCUCUUCAAGCCUCGGUCGGAUGUGUGCCGUUUAUGCGAUUUCAUAACUUCUCAAAAGCCCUCCAUCAGACAACAACGUCGUCUUUUGAAAGCCAUUAACACCACUUCUCCUCGUACGUUUAUCACCACUUCAAGAAAACGAUCAAGCAAACCACUAAAGUCCGCUCCUUUCCAUUCUUCGCGAAACUCCUCAGAUUCGAAUCCAGCGCAUGCGCCAUCACUGCGGCGGCAUAUUACAGAAGCAGAGCUAACACAAGAACUAAGGCAUGGGGUCCGGGCCUGUAGUCAGUUACUCUCAGAAACUGUCCCUUCGGAGAAGGCUAUUCUGAAUGUUCUCCAUACAUGCCGUUUGAUUGCCGCAGAUGUUGCUGGAGAACCCGCCAAAUCAUCAGAAGCAAAGAAGGAUGUAACCGCUGCGGCGUCUUUACUUUCUUUGGCUGAUCGAGGUUCGAAGGAGUUACGAGUUCAAAAGCUAAACCGCGAGACCCAAUUUCUAGUGGAUGAGCUCUCGCAAGCCCUAUCUUCAAUUGUCUCUAACGAGGCUGUCUUCAUAUCACCAGAGAUUUUGGAAUUAUACAUCAGCGCGCAAUCGUGUCUAGGAAAACCAGAAACAUUCCCAGGAGUAUUUUAUUUAUAUGCGAACAAACCGAUACUGGUCGACGGUUCCGAGCCGACACAAUUCAAAAAUCAAAAUCCAAACAAGGUCAACAAUGCCAUCCCAAUGGCUAUAGCAGAUCAAGCUUUACAGACAGCGAUUGAUGCGAGGGAGCUGGAUGUAGCUAUGGAUAUCAUUGAUACGGCGUAUGCGCAAAAAGCAUUUCGCCGUGCCAAAUUUAUCCGAAAAGGAUUAUUACCUGCCACUGGACUUGGCAUGGCACCUAUUGCAGCAUAUGGUGUUGCAUCACAACUUGCCAUGUUCCAAAACACUAUGGAACCGGGCAUGGCUACAAACAUUGCAUUCGCUGGAAUCCUAGCAUAUAUGGGGUUCACGACUACUAUUGGUGUGGUAGCUGUGACGACAGCUAAUGAUCAAAUGGAUCGCGUAACCUGGGCCCCUGGUAUGCCAUUAAGGGAGCGCUGGAUUCGUGAAGAAGAGCGGGCUGCGAUAGAUAAAGUCGCCGGAUCAUGGGGUUUUCAUGAAAAAUGGCGGCGUGGGGAAGAAGAGGGUAAAGACUGGGAUCGAUUAAGACUAUGGAUUGGCAAUAAAGGAAUGUUGCUGGAUGCGGUGGAGCUUAUGGAAGGUAUGGAGUAG